UGCAGUCACCAUGACCUUGGAGGUUAAUGAGAUCUCUCCAUACAAAAGCUUACAUGAUAGUUAUGUCUCCAACAGACGGGGCAGAACCAGCAUAAAGACUUUGCUGCUGAUCAUGGGGUGCUUGACUAUCCUGGGUUGCUUACUUGCCAUUGCUUUGUUAGAGGACCUGAAAAUGAAGAAAAAGAUAAACUAUGCUGUAAAUGUAAACCAAACCACCAUAUCAGAGCCAGUGCAUGUUCAAACUGAAGACAGCAGGGCUGUUUUGGUGGAGAGUAUUCCUUUCUGGAUAAACAAUGGGACCAAUGCCACUUUUGGAAUAUCUCUGUACAAUUCAUGGAAAGAGCUUCUCUCUACAGCGACUAAGCAAGUUGAUAUAGCAUCAUUUUAUUGGUCUCUUACUGGUGAAGACAUUGGUGUCAAGUCCUUUACUGACCAGCCUGGGAGGGACAUUUUGGAACAAUUAAAAACACUGCCAAAAAGAAAUGUGUCUGUCCGAGUUGUGACCAGCAUCCCAUCUCUUGCCACCAACUCAACAGAUCUGCAAACCCUGAGAGACAAUGGAGUACAGGUCAGAAGAGUUAACUUUGGUCGUUUGACUCGAGGGAUUCUUCAUAGUAAAUUCUGGAUUGUGGACAGGAGGCAUAUUUACAUUGGCAGUGCCAACAUGGACUGGAGAGCUUUAACUCAGGUCAAAGAACUGGGAGUGGUGAUUUACAACUGCACAAGUCUGGCUACAGAUCUUCAUAAAAUUUACGAGUCAUAUUGGGUAAUGGGUACACGCAAUGCUACGAUGCCAGAUACCUGGCCUUCCUCUUACGACACUUCCAUUAAUAAAGAACAGCCUCUUCAUAUGAACCUAAGUGAUGUGCCCAGUAAAGUGUACAUCUCGAGUUCCCCUCCUGUCUUCUGUCCGGAUUCUCGAACCCAAGACCUGGAUGCAAUUCUGACCACAAUUAGCCAGGCAGAGCAGUUCAUUCAUGUAGCAGUUAUGGAGUAUCUUCCUGCUUCCAAGUUCUUUUACAAUCACAGGUUCUGGCCAGUUAUUGAGAAUGCACUAAAACAGUCAGCUUUCGAGAGAAAUGUUACAGUACGUCUUCUGAUCAGCUGCGGCCGUGACAGCGACCCCUCUGUACUGCCCUUCCUCAAAUCACUCGAUGCCCUAAACUAUCCAGCUUACAAUAUCAGGAUAGAAGUGAAACUCCAUGUUAUUCCUGUGGGUAACCAGACUGACAUUCCUUAUACCAGAGUAAACCACAAUAAAUAUAUGGUUACUGAUAAGGCAGCAUACAUAGGAACCUCUAACUGGUCAGCUGACUACUUUAACACCACUGCUGGAGUGGGGCUUGUGAUUUCCCAGGAUGCCUUACAUUCUUCUCACAUAGACACAUUAGUGGGUCAGCUGAGUGCUGUAUUCAACAGAGACUGGGAGUCUGGUUUUGCAGUGCCACUUGAAAAACUGGGUCAAAACCCUGAUUGUGCCUUCUCCAAGAGAUAGAUUAACGAUAUCAUCUCAAUAUUAAGGCAGUUUGUAAGAAAUUUAUGUAAAUAUAAAUUAUGCACAUUCUAUGCUGCUUAUACUUAAAUCUUGUGCUCUAAGGAUUUGUUUUUUUUUAAUCACAUUGCAUUUUUAUAACAGUAAGAAAAAGGGAAGAGAACUAUGAACACAGCUGGCACUGCAUUGAAGUAAACAUUAACCAGCCUGCAAGCCUACUCUCUGAAUACACAAGUACAUACCUGCUGAUUAUUACAAAAUAGAAUAAUGAUGCUUUAAAUCUUCCACUGAUGUUUGCUAACUUUAAUGUUUGACAUUACUAAACAAACAAAACCAAGAAUAAUGUGAGUGGGGACUAGAGAAAAGCUCAACCACAGAUCACACUGAUGGGAGAAUUUUAACACAUUAACCUAUGUUAAAAUCGUUCAUUAUAAUGGGUUACUAUGGAGAAAAAACAUAAGAAUGAUCAACGUCUGUCUUAUUAUUCUAAUCUGAUUGAGUUUUACUAGCUGAAGUAGAG